AUGAGCUCAAUUGGAUUAGCCCAUAACGUGACCAUUUUAGGGUCGGGGGAGACUACCGUUGUCCUCGGACAUGGUUACGGCACCGACCAAUCCGUGUGGAAGCUUCUCGUCCCGUACUUGGUGGACGACUACAAAGUCCUGCUCUACGACCACAUGGGCGCGGGGACCACCAAUCCCGACUAUUUCGAUUUCGACCGUUAUUCCAGCUUGGAAGGCUAUUCCUACGACCUCAUCGCCAUUCUGGAGGAGUUCCAGGUCAGCAAGUGCAUUUACGUGGGCCACUCCAUGUCGUCCAUGGCCGCUGCCGUGGCAUCUAUUUUCAGGCCGGACUUGUUUCACAAGCUCGUCAUGAUCUCGCCCACCCCGAGGUUAAUCAACACAGAGGAGUAUUAUGGUGGAUUCGAGCAGAAGGUGAUGGAUGAGACGCUGAGGUCCUUGGACGAGAACUUCAAGUCGUUGUCGUUGGGACAUGCGCCGCUUUUGCUAGCUUGUGACUUGGAAUCGGCGGCCAUGCAGGAGUACUGUAGGACCCUGUUCAACAUGCGGCCUGAUAUUGCCUGCUGCAUAACCCGUAUGAUAUGCGGGCUCGACCUGAGGCCCUAUCUCGGCCAUGUCACAGUCCCGUGCCACAUCAUCCAGAGCUCCAAUGACAUUAUGGUCCCAGUUGCGGUGGGAGAGUACCUGAGAAAGAACUUGGGAGGUCCAUCGGUUGUGGAGGUGAUGCCAACCGAGGGCCACCUGCCGCACCUCAGCAUGCCGGAGGUCACAAUCCCGGUGGUGCUCCGCCACAUAAGACAGGACAUCACGGAUCACUGA